CCUUCCUUCUAAACGCGGUCAAAUAAUACAAUAUGACUAAGGGUACCAGUUCAUUCGGUAAACGUCACACCAAGACCCACACUCUCUGCAGACGUUGUGGUAACCGUUCCUUCCACAAGCAAAAGAAGACUUGUGCUCAAUGUGGCUACCCCGCCGCUAAGACCAGAUCUUACAACUGGUCUGAAAAGGGUAAGCGUAGAAAGACUACCGGUACUGGUCGCAUGAGACAUUUGAAGUUGGUUCAACGCCGUUUCAAGAAUGGUUUCCGUGAAGGUACUCAAGCCAAGAAGCAAGUUGUUGCUGCCUCCGCUUAAAUUGCCUUUAUCUUAAACGUUUGAUAUUAUAAACAUGGUCUCUUUUUUUUUAGUUUUUUUUUAAAAAAAAAUUAGUUUUCAUUAAAAAAAAAGAAGUUUGAUCUGUUUAUUACUUUA